UUAUUCCUUCUUCUCAUCCCUUUAAAUUUGCAUCCUUCCUUUCACUUCUCACUUCCCACCUUCCUAUACUUCACCCUUAACUACUUUAAAUCUCUUUGCUCCAAGAUCAUUUCAACCUCUUUCUCUUUCUCUCGUCUUUUGAACUCUCUUUUCUCCGCUUACGUUCUCAGUAAUUAAAUCUUGUUCUCAGUUUGUAUAAUUUAUGAUCAUGUCGUCUUCAAGGACUUCAUCAUCACGUUCCAAUUACACAAACUCCAAGCUAAGAAAGCAAUUUUCAUUAGAGCGUAGACCUCAAAUGCUUAAAGAUUUUCUCAUUGACGAUUCGCAUUCAUACCCUUCAAGCGGAUUCAAGUCCUUUCCUAGGCGACUUGAAGAUCGUAGUAUGCGAAAUCUCAUCCAAAUCGAUGUCAAUGCAGAAAGAAAUCAUUCAUAUUCAAGCAACACAAAGAGAUUACUAAGAAGCCGAUCAAAAGCAGCAGCCUCAACAACAAUCUCCGCCUUUCAAGCCAUUAUCAACACCGUCAAAAACAUCCAAUUCAAUGCUGUUAAGUCUCCUUCAAUUUUACCAAGAAGCUUUUCUCUUAGGCUGUCAAAAAAGCAUAACAAAGAAAUCAAGAGCAGUGAGAAGAAAGAAACUGAAAUCAAAAUGACAGUUAGAAUCAAAGAUAUCAUACGGUGGAAGUCAUUCAGGGACUUGGUGGAGGAGGAUCCUCAACCAUCGGAUCUUGCUUACUCUCCUGAUCAUCACCACUGCGCCACAACAACAACGGGAUCCACCAAUAGUCCUUGCAGUAACAGUAACGGGUCUAGUUGGUGUGAAAGUGAUUUUACCGCGGAGGAUUUACCGUCUUGGUGCAGUAACUCGGAGGAUUAUUUACCAGGUGUCGGCAGCGAUUGCAUGAAAGCGACAAAAGAGGCCACGGCUAAUAUUGCGGUGGGACCAAAGGAGUUAUCUUGUGACGAGAAAGAACAGCGGAGCCCUGUUUCUGUUCUUGAUUUUCAAUUUGAAGAAGAUGAAUCCCUAUUAUCUUUCAAUCGAACCCUUGACCAUAUGGAGAAAACAAAACAAAAUCUUAUGCAAAGGAUUCAAUGCUUUGAGGGUUUGGCCAAAGUAGAUCCUUUCAACCUAGAAGAAUGGAUGUCAAUGGAAGAAAAUGACGAUGUUUCUGAUGAAGAUAAAGAAGUAAAUGAUGUUGAAGAGACGGCAAUGCGGCUACUGAAUCAUGUCAAAGCUACAAGUUCAAUGGGGUAUUGUGAAGACAAUGUUGUUGUAGAGCAACUGUUGUUUGAUUUCUUUAUGGAUGAAUUAUCUACAAGAAACGAUGAGAUUGACAGCGAGAUGAUUGGGCAAGCAAAAAGAUGGAUUAAUGGGGAACACAGUUGUACAAUGGAUUGGGAAGAAUAUGUUAAAGGAAUGGAUAAAAAAUUUGGGAAAUGGAACAAAUUUGAGGAGGAACAAGAAGAAAUGGCUUUGCAAAUUGAGAUUGUAAUGUUGAACCUUUUAGUGGACGAGGCAUUGGCUGAUUUCUUAGUAAGCUGA